AAGCCGUGCCCCGCUGCCCGAGAGUUCGCCCCGUCCCUGGGAAAGCGCAGCGCACCCCGGCGCUGCGGGGGUGCGGCGGGUGGCGCCGGGCGGAGAGAUCCCCGCUGCCGGGGAGUUUCUGGUGGAUCCCCGCGAAGGGCCCUCCCCCACCUCUCCUCCCCCCCCUCAAUAAAUAAAUAAUAAUAAAAAAUAAAAAAUAAAAAAAUAUUUUUUAAAAAAAAUCAGCCUCUGAAAGUCAUGCUUGCAAACCCGGCGGCGGCGAGUACCGAAGCAUCCAUGGGGUGGCAGUAACAGUAUCUUCUUUAUGACUCGCAGCAGAGCGGAGAAUGCAUUCAAUCAAAUGAGCCGGUCUUGUAGAAACGCUGGAAUCAUUUAUGCAUUGCAGUUUCUCUCGCCUCUCUCCCUCUCUUCCUUUGCUCCUUAGGAUAUUUUCGGUGGAUUGUGGUUUUCAAUCAAGAUCUCCUGUUCUUUGCUGAUCACUUGUCAUUUCCACUGGGGAUUCGCAUCAAUCGGGGCAAGCGGACAACCGUUUUUUUUCCUUCCUUUCCCUUUGGAGAUUUUCCUUUUUUUUUUUUUUUUUUUUUUUUUUUUUUCCUCCAACAUCACCCCCGCCCCCCUUUCGGCGCGGCGGCGAGGGUGCUAGGACCCGGGAAGCACCCUCCCCCCGGCAUCCCCCCCCCCCUCCGGCACGGCACCAGGAAACCCCUCCGGACCGCCGAUCUCCGGAUACUUGUGCCUGGCAGCCCGGAUCCGGCCCUCGGCGGCGGCGGCGCUGGACGUGGAGCUGCUCGUGGGGGGCCCCCAGGCCGGUCGCCCCCCUGCCUCCUCUCCCCCCCCUCCCCCGCCGCCGCACCUGGAUGGUACCUCCCGCCGGCGGCGCGGGCACUUUCUGAACUAGGAAGGAAGGGGCGACUCGGAGGGGCGAGGAGGGGGGGGACGCCGCCGAAGUCCGUAUGGAAUUACCUGCGGCCGCGGCGGAUGGAUGGGCGCCGCGUCCCCGGCACUCGCGGCCAGCGCAGCAGCAGCCCCGGGAGUGAACGCGGGGCUCCUCCGGCUGAGUGCGCAGUGUGGCGGCGGCGGUGGUGGUAGUGAGCGGCGCUCACCUCGCUGGACGGAUCGCACCGGAGGGAUAUUUCGGAAGACUCCCGCGGGCAUCACAGCAGAGAGGGGAUUUGAAGAAACAGAGGUUGGAGUUCACUGCCUUUUUAGUCUGCUUGAAUGAUUGAGGAAGGCUAUAAAAAGCCACCUCAAGCUUAAUCUCAUAGCAGCCAAUUCUCACAGUGAGGUCCCUCUGCAUGAAGAGCACACAGCUUGUGUGAUGCCAGACCACCUGCAGAUGCCACCUAAGAGAAAGCAAACAACAGCCCAGUUUUCACUGGGCUAUCCAAACAAUUAAUUUGCUCAAAUCAUAUCAGUUGUGUCAGGUAAUUUUACCUAUGGAUGAAGAAAUUUCUGCACAAAUUCCUGUGAGCCUUUCACAACUCUGUGGAAAAAAUCUUUACCCAUCAGUGAAAUUCCACCGUCUUAACUUCAGAAAACAGAAAAAUAAACUGUUUUUGAGGGAAGCCAGCCUCGUACUAGACAGGAGAUACUAACAGAAAUUUGUAGAAAGAUGUCUUCUGAAUUAUGGGUGUUUGCAUGGUAAAGGGAGCAGCUGUGGAAAGACAGAAAAUGAAAGCUCCCAUUCCAAAUUUGAUUCUCUUGUAUGCUACUCUAACUCAGAGCUUGAAGGUUGUGACCAAAAGAGGAUCAGUUGAUGGAUGCACUGACUGGUCUGUGGAUUACAAGAAAUAUCAAGUUCUAGUGGGAGAACCUGUUCGUAUCAAAUGUGCACUUUUUUAUGGAUAUAUUAGAGCUAAUUAUUCCCUAGCACAAAGUGCUGGACUCAGUUUGAUGUGGUACAAAAGCUCUGGACCAGGAGAUUUUGAGGAACCUAUAGCUUUUGAUGGAACUAGAAUGAGCAAAGAAGAAGACUCCAUUUGGUUCCGACCAACAGUGGUACAAGACAGCGGACUCUAUGCAUGUGUGAUAAGAAACUCAACUUACUGUAUGAAAGUGUCCAUUUCUCUGACGGUGGGUGAAAAUGACACUGGACUCUGCUACAAUUCAAAGAUGAAAUAUUUUGAAAAAGCUGAACUUAGCAAAAGCAAGGAAAUCUCAUGCCCUGAAGUAGAGGAUUUUUUAUUUCCAUUUAGGGAGCCAGAGAUUCUAUGGUAUAAGGAAUGCAAGUCAAAGACAUGGAGAUCAAGUAUUGUGUUUAAAAAGGACACUCUUGUCAUUCGUGAAGUUAGAGAGGAUGACAUUGGAAAUUACACUUGUGAGGUAAAAUAUGGAAUCUUUGUUGUCAGAAGAACGACGGAAUUAACAGUUACAGCACCACUAACAGAUAAACCACCAAAGCUUUUACACCCCUUGGAGAGUAAGCUAACAAUUCAGGAGACCCAGUUAGGUGGUUCUGCUAAUCUAACCUGCCGAGCUUUCUUUGGAUAUAGUGGAGAUGUCAGUCCUUUAAUCUACUGGAUGAAAGGGGAGAAGUUUAUUGAAGAUUUGGAUGAUAGUCGAGUCCGGGAAAGUGACAUCAGGGUUCUCAAGGAACAUCUUGGGGAACAGGAAGUUUCUAUCUCAUUGAUUCUUGACUCUGUGGAAGAAGGAGACCUUGGCAAUUACUCAUGCUAUGUUGAGAAUGGAAAUGGACGCCGUCACGCCAGUAUUCUUCUGCAUAAAAGGGAGCUGAUGUAUACAGUUGAGCUUGCUGGUGGGCUUGGUGCUAUUCUGCUGCUGCUUGUUUGUUUAGUGACUAUCUACAAGUGUUACAAGAUAGAGAUUAUGCUCUUCUACAGGAAUCAUUUUGGAGCCGAAGAACUAGAUGGAGACAAUAAAGACUAUGAUGCAUAUCUAUCCUAUACCAAAGUGGAUCCUGACCAGUGGAGUCAAGAAACUGGAGAAGAAGAAAGAUUUGCUCUUGAGAUCUUACCAGAUAUGCUUGAAAAGCAUUAUGGAUACAAGUUGUUCAUACCAGACAGAGAUUUAAUUCCCACAGGAACCUACAUUGAAGACGUGGCAAGAUGUGUAGACCAAAGCAAACGAUUGAUCAUCGUCAUGACUCCGAAUUAUGUUGUAAGAAGAGGCUGGAGCAUCUUUGAACUGGAAACAAGGCUUCGAAACAUGUUAGUCACUGGUGAAAUCAAAGUGAUACUGAUCGAAUGCAGUGAACUGCGAGGAGUUAUGAACUACCAGGAAGUUGAGGCCCUGAAACAUACCAUCAAGCUCCUCACUGUCAUUAAAUGGCAUGGACCAAAAUGCAACAAGUUAAAUUCGAAAUUCUGGAAACGUUUACAGUAUGAAAUGCCUUUUAAGAGGACUGAACCCAUCACACAUGAGCAGGUUUUAGAUGUCAGUGAGCAGGGGCCCUUUGGGGAACUGCAGACAGUCUCCGCAAUUUCAAUGGCUGCUGCCACCUCCACUGCUCUUGCCACUGCCCAUCCAGAUCUGCGCUCCACCUUUCACAACACAUAUCACUCACAGAUGCGCCAGAAACACUAUUAUAGAAGCUAUGAAUACGAUGUACCUCCUACUGGCACCCUGCCGCUUACCUCAAUAGGUAACCAGCAUACCUACUGCAACAUCCCUAUGACACUUAUAAACGGGCAGCGGCCACAGACAAAAACUAACAGGGAGCAGAAUCCAGAAGAGGCUCACACAAACAGUGCGAUACUGCCCCUCUUGCCACGGGAGACCAGUAUAUCAAGUGUCAUUUGGUGACAGAAAUGCAAGGGGCUAUCCACCCCCUUGAGUAGGAGCUGAGUCUGCAGUCUGGUGCCUGGAACUACAUCCUUGACUGCUGCUGUUAAACAUGCAUUACAAUUGAUAACAUACGAGGAAAAACAGGGUCUUGUACAUAUGUUUUUUGCAAUUUCUUUGUAGCAUUGGUCUUCCUGUUUUACCCAUGUCUCUUCCCAUUCACAUUUUCAAAUUUGUUUUAUAUGUCAUUGGAAUUUGUAUAUUUACAUUUUUUUAAAUGAAGAAACUGCUGUAUAGAUAGGAAACUUUUUUGCUUCAUUAGUAUAGUUUUAGACUUUUUUGUUUGUUUUUAACCUCCCUUGGGAAUGCUUGGACAAAGCUCUGUUGGUUUCAGAAUCACCAUCCAUUUUGUUGGCCUGUCUAGCCUGACUCCUGAAUGCCAUGCCUGCUGCAGUUCACCUGUUUUGGAGAAUAUUUGUUCUUAGAAGGACCCCAUCCCUCACUGAGAGCUCCGGUUUCAUUUCUCCUCUUGUAACAUGCACUGCUUCUUCCCAGCCCUUAUUGUGGUCCCAUUUGGGAUACCGCAGUCUGAUCAUCUGGCAUUUAACUUCGUAGAAGCCUAUCAAACAAGAGAAUAUACCCAAUCUGUAUCAGUUGCUUCACAGUAGUCACUAGAGUGUGUAGAAAAUAGAGAUGGUUUGGUUUUUGUUUUCUUGUUUGUUUGCUUUAUGUUGUUGUUAUUGUUGGUUUUGUUUUGUUUUAAGAAUGAGUCAAUUGUACCCCAUUUAUAAAUAUAAAAGCAAACCUUAUUUUUAACACUUCCUGGAAAAGUAUUAAUAUGGCUGUGGAUUUUAUUUUUAAGCAUUUGACUUUUUCUUUUCCCCUUUUCAAAAUCCUGCAAAUAAGAUCAUUUGCAGCCUUCAGGCAAGUAAGACAAAAGAGAUAAUAGUCCCUGAAGUGCAGUGAGUCCUGAUGAUAUUUACAAUGAUGAAUUCCAAACCAAAGGGGAAUAAAAAGGAAGUAUCAUAUGUUUGUCACUUUGUAUUUAAGUGUUAUUUUCUGAAAAAGUAAGAGCAAAACAUUAUUUUGCUGUUGAUUGCAGAGUCAAUUUAAUGUUUAAAAAAAUGUAUUUGCUUUAAAAUGAUAUAUUCUAGAUUAAGAAAUAUUCUUUUAUUUGGUUUUAGCUUGUAACAAAAAGUAAAACUUAAUUACAACAUGAUUUCAGUUAAGUACUCAGGCAGAAAAAAAAAGAAAAAAAAAAAAAGAAAACCAACAAAUAUCAUUGUUUUCAGAAUAAACUUUAUUUAUACAAAAUUAAUAUUUAAAUCAGACCUGGAAGUAUUAAAACACUUUAUUCACUUUAAUGAUUAAAUAAAUUAGUUUUAUUUUUAUGUAUGAUUCUGUCUUUGAGGAGUUGCAAAUAAUGUGUGUAUCAUGGCUUCAAGAGAAGAAACAAGCCACUAUGUUUACAUCUGGACAUUUUUAAGACAAAUGAAAUAAGCAUCUUACUUAUAUUUUAAAUAAUGGAAAAAUCCUUUCUGGUUUGAAAAGCAGCAUGGAGCACUGUCAUAGUUGGAUGAGUUAUUUAGGCCAAGCUCUCUGUUAGUCUCUGCUAAAAGACACAGAGGAGCUGGGGCAGAGUGCAGCACUCUCUAUAGUCAUGGGUUUGAUUGACUCUGGCAGAAUUGUAACUGAUAUCCUCACAGACAAACAUUAUAGUCUAUUUCUGAAAUUAAUUAGCUUUAGGUAUUUUUAUGGUAGCUGACUGAUACUGGCCAAUAUAAUGGAUUUGUGGUGGUUGUUCAUCCUAAUCAUCUCAAGGAGAAAAGUACAGCUUAUAAUAUUUUGGUCUUUCUUAAUGAGAAGUGAUGGGUAGAGAGCAGGUAAGCUGCAGUUUGGGGGAUGUUUGUGGAAGUAAUCCAGAACUGACAAUGUGGGAGGAAGUAGCUAUGAUCCUGUUGUGAAAGUCAAGAAAUCUAAGUAUCUGCAUAACAAGCUAAUAGAGCUUUGGGAUGGGCUCUGCUUUUGUUUGCUAUAAAAUGUUCAUUUCUCUGACAAUUUGCUUAAGUCCUUUUCUACAAUCUGUUCUUUAUCAUGGUAUCUCCCACUGGACAUGUGCCAAAUGUCCACAGAAUGGAAACAAAGCUGCCAACCCUGAUAAAAAUUUAAGACAGCUUUGCACAUUUGGUUUUCAUAAUGUAAGAAAGCUAUUAUUUAUUUGCUCUUAUGGACACCUGACAGACAUCGAUGACAUUUUUCUUCAUUCAGCUGAAUGCCAAAUACCCCAGUACCCUCUAAAAGCAGUGCAUUAUUUAUUAUUAUUAUUAUUAUUUCCUUUUCUCUGCCUUUUACAUGUCCUGUGGUAAAGACUGGAUUGUGGAAUAAGUGUAGAAUGUAACUAUCUGACCAGAGUCACAUUUAGGCAGCAUUAGGUAGGUGUUUCCUUAGCCACAUGGAGAGUACUUUUCUGUUCUAUUUUAUGUAGAUUUAAGCACUUUGAAUAGCAUGAUUCAGGGACUGAUGGAUACCAUUUGAUAUUCAUACUACUUAAAAAAAUAAUCUUAUAAUGUUUUGUCAUAAUAUUAAACAAAAGACAAAAAUAAAAAGUAAAAAAAUAAAAAUAAAUGAAGAAGCUGUCUAUGGCUUCAGAGACAUUCCUCCUUAGUAUUACUCCUCUAUGAACAGCUUUGUGUGAGAAACAGUGAAGGAAAUUCUUGUGUGUUCACAUGCUCUAUGUUUGACAAAAAAUUGUGUUGGAACACAAAAUAAAAUGAGGGGAAAAGAAACAACAACUCAUUGCCCUAGUGUUUAGGCUCCAUUUUUUAUUGGUAAAGAUGUUCCAGUUUUGGCAAUGCAGUCUGAAGUGUGCACACAAUAGCCACAUGUAAGGUUUAGCCAUAAACAAAUAGCACUUUAUUUUUAAAACUGCACAUCGUGAUGGUUGGUAAAACUUACUCUGCCUGGUCAACAGCUUCGGGUAUGCAUGUGGAUUCUAUGCACAUGUUACCCAAGUGUGGUGCUUUGUCUUUAUAAGGCUUUCUCUUAUCAGGGUAAUCCUCAAUGUACAACUAAAGAACUGUAUUGCACAACCUAUGGAAAAUCAGUGUAUAGGUCCUCCAGGCAGUACACGUAGCUGGACAUAAAUGGAGUUCUGUAUGGAAGGCUGAUAAUUAUUCUGAAGGCAAAGUGCAUUGCUGGGUCUGAUUCUGUUUGCAGUUGCAGAAAUAUGACUUGAGAAUAAAUCUAAUAAAGCUGAAUGAGUGUAAGAUGGAUUUGUGUGAGAGAAGGAAAUUGGAAAAGCAAAGAGAAAAGGAUUUCAUAUUUGCUGGCUGUGACAAACUAAAAUCUUGGCCACAAGGAAAGCAGCAGCAAAAUAUCCUCUGAAUUUUUAGUAGGGACCCAGUCCUCACCUGGCAGCCAACAUCAAACAUUUCAAAUGUGAUCUGGUUUAGAGUUAAGAACAGCUAGCCUUAUAUGAAAACUAAAAUAUUUCUAUUACUGCACAGCUGUGAAAAUCAUGUGUGUGUUACAUAAUGGGUGAUGAUCAGCUUCAAAAUAAUUAGAAAGCCUGUUAUACCUGCCUGAUUAAAAUUUUCAAAGUUUUACUUGAAUGUUGUCCACUAAUGACACAUUUAAAUUAUAGAUAAAGCAAUGAGAUUUGGGGAAAACUGGCAGGUACACAGGCUUCUUUCAAAACAAGCUUAAGGAAACUUUAAUUAAAAUCCAAAAAGGAAAAAAAAAAAAAAUAGAUUGGUAAAGUACAAUAAAAAUAUAGGAUAAAAGGCCAAUGGAGAAUAAAGGUCAAAACACCCACCUGUUUCUUUACUUUUUUUUUUUUUUUUUUUUUUUUUUUUUUUCCUAUCAUGCAAUGCUUUGCACUCUGGCUGACCUACAUAAAUAAACUGUCUUUUAUGGGGCCCAUCCAGAGAGAUCAGCAACACAAAUAUAUCGCAUGUGUCUAAUAUAGUUCUGAAUUUUAUUCUUGCCAGUAGUCUAGCACAGAGAGUUUCUGGUGCAUCUGCUAUUGUCAUGAUAUAGAGGAUGGCAGAAAUCAGUUAGUGCUAAAAAUAAUAAUAAUAACAAUCUCUGCUUAGUUUAUUAUCCAGAGUAGCUAUAUCCCCUCACACAUGCCCUGUAUCUUAUUUGCCAUUAUUAGAACACUUUUUUUCUAGACCACUUCUUAUAUGAGCAAGAGAUUAAUUUGGCUGAAAUCAGAAAAAUGUAAGCAAUAUCAUAGCAAUGAUUCAGCUUGUAUAAUGACUACUUUUCUUUUCUAUCAAUUACAGCUCUUCACCUCCUAAAUAAUCCACUGACUGGAGGUUGGAGAAUGGACAUCUGAGACAUUGUCUGUCAUUUGAGGUUCAUUAGAGGGGGUUGUACACUUGAUUUAGCAGCAAUACCAAGUUGUCACUUAUGAUGUCAUUUUGCUGGGCUAUUUCCCAUCAACUCUGGCUGCAACCUCAAAGAAGAUGUGCUGGCAGCAUCACUUUCCUCCAGCUGGCCUUUGAUUGAUGGUCCAGAACUUGGAGCUGUUGCCCUGGGGAGUAAAUCUGAUAGAAAUGUUUCUGUUAUCAAGAGUUUUCCUACACUUUUUUUGUUUGUUUAAAUUCUGUUUGAGACAAAGUCUGAUCUUUGCUCUGCAUUAAUAAGUUCUGUGGGUGGGAGGUCAAGAGUCUGCUGAGUUAUCUGGUAGUCAGAACAGAAAUUACAAAGGCAGGCCUGAGACAUUGUUUGAAAAAUGUUUACAUUUUGUAGAUAAUCAGAUAAUUAAUAAGCACAUUGAGACUUAGAGCUGAUAAAAAUAAAAUAAAAAAGGUGUCCCUUUUGUUAUUACAACCAGACUCAUUCCAAGAGCAUACAUUACAUAAAAAAGCCAAUACCCUAAAUAAUGUAAUUUCAGAAACAUUCAAUAGUCAAUGGAAAUAUUUUUAUUUUGGUGGAUUAUGAGUAAUAUGAUUCUCUAGGAUCUAAAUGGUAUAUGAAAUAGGUAAUCUUUAUCUAGUUGCAGAGAGUACAGAUACCUCUCUGUACUAGCAUGAGGAAAACAAUUAGAAGUGAAAUAUGAGAGCUAAGAACUUGAUGGAGAUAUUCUUGAUACUUUUUUGUUUGUUUUAUUAAGACUUAUCUCUUAUCAGUCAAAGAAUGACAGAAGAGACACAAAAAAAUACUCCAGAAAUGAAAUGGAUGUGUUUUUAACCUUCUUUUUCUCCCUUUUCUCAAAUUUUAGAUGUCUCUCUGCCCUCCUUGCCAAUCAUCCAGAAAUAUAUAUAUAUAUAUGUACACCUACCAAACCCAUGGUCCCCAGCACAUUUACAGGUGUGUAGGGCAGUUCAACCUGACAUGAGAGGCUGCGCAGACCUAGAGCACCCACACAGGGAAAGGGAGAGCACAGGGUAAUUUGUCUCUUACGCUUAGUUACCCCUGUGUCAGGCAGGUGUAGAAGAAACUACAGUCUCAAUACAUUGCCAUUCUUCUCCUACUAUAGAGAACACACAGAGGAGGUGUCAGUAGACCUUAAGGACAGCAAUAGCAAAUGUGAGUGCCAUCAGCAAGGCUAAACCCAGGCCCCUUAUGGCAAAACAGCAAUAAGAGAAGAAACAGCUGGCAGCAUUUCCAAUUUGUUCAGUGUGCAAAGUGAAAACCAGCAUUGAGCCUAGAAAGAGGUUAAUUUAGAUGGUUAGGGUGCAGUAACUAAAUGACAAUUUGAGGAAACUGCUGUAUGGAUCAGAUAGCACCACAACGGGAUCCCUCACAGCAGCUCCCAUCCCAUCCCAUCCCAUCCCAUCCCAUCCCAUCAUCUCAUCCUCUAUUUGCCAUGCAGGCUGUGUUAAAAGUGUAAGCACAAAAAGUUUGUCUGGGAUACAUGUGAAAAGUCUUUGCAGAGAUAUUUAGGGGAAGUAGAUGUCUUCUCUCCUGUGAAGAAAUUUGCAAGAGCAAAGACAUGAUUUAAAUAUAUAAGUAUAUAUUUAUACUCAUUUCACACACUAUUUUUUACAUCUCUGUAUGGUGCUCAUGUGAAGCAACAACCCAAUACUUUCCUGAUCUUCCUGAUCUUCCUGUAAAGUGGAAAAAAAAAAAAAAAAAAAAAAAAAAAAAAAGUUUUAAAAGGUCAUUUAUGGGUUCACAAUAUCGUCACCCAUGCAUCUGCAAUAAGCUCCAGGGUAUGAACACACAUUCAUAAAUAAACAGAUAAAAAUAAAAACAAAGCAAAGUAAAAUAGCAAUGUAAUUGCUAAUCUCUAUUUCAACCAACUUUUAAGGACUUCUUUUUUCAAAACAGGAUGUUUUCUCUUGGAGUUUUGUCAGAAGUUAUGUGAGAGACAGUUUUAAAUUUUCUUUUCAUUGUUUGCGUGACAGGUAAAUCACAGGGAGAUUAUAGUUGUUUAUAUAUAUAUAUAUAAAGUCACAUUAUUCACCGUAAGUUUAACACACAAAUGGUAAUGAAUUUACAGACUUAGAAGAAAUUGUUUGCCAGAGCUAAUGCUCUCUGGUGAACAGCACACUACAACUCUAAUUAAGUUCUUAGGGACAUUAUAGUAGACAAUUUAAGCGAUUCAUAUUAUAUGUGCAACUUCAGCAUCACAUUAGAAGGAUGUACAUUUGUCUUCUUAAAACCCAGGUAACUUCAAAUGGAACAAUUACAUAAAUACAAAGCAGAGAGGAAAAUAGACACAUAGCUGUCUCUUCAUCUGUCUUAGCAAAAUUGCUCAGUGACAUCAGGCUUUCUUUGAGAUCACCAACUUAUGACUACCUUUGCAAAACACAGGAAUCUCUGCAAAAAAAUGCAGACAUCUGGGGCAAAGCUGUUGCAAUAAGCACACACAGAUACCCAAACACACUUUAUACUUUGCUAUACUACACAUAGCUAUUUUAACUUGUAAUAAUUUAAUCAUAGAACAAUACAACAAAAUAAACUAAGUAGCCUUUCCAUAAAAAAUCAGGGAAGUCCCAAACAGCUGAAUUUGUUCAAAGGACCAUAUCCUCCAUAUGCUGCAAGAUGAAAAAAAUUUGUAACCAGGCCAUUGCUAGGUUGCACUGUAACAGAGUCAGGCAGCUGGAGGUGACACAAUAUGAGAAGUGUAGUGAAGAUGUUUCCUGGUCAUGUCAUAAUGGUACAUGACUACCAACUAGUCCUGAUGUCACAGGAGAUUACAAACCUCCUUUGCAUAUAGGACACUAGAUACACAAAUUUCCCAGGUACUUCCUUCCCUUCUUGGGUGCUAUCUGAAGCCAUUUGUAUAAUCUUGCUGGAGGUAGAAAAAGAUCCAAAUGACAUUUUCUACCUACAUCUGCCAGAAUUCCUGUCAUGGUCUAUAACAAUUAGAUCUGUUCAGUUCAUCUCCUAUUUUCUCUUCUGUUUUUUCCACUUACAGUCUCAUUUUUCAUCUCUCAAACAAGAGAUUAUUAAUAGCAUUCAGUGCCACAUAGGAAAUAUCAUUACCUUAUGUAUUAAUACCUUAUGUAUGUAUUUACUCUUAGAUAUUUUUGCAGAGAGAUAAACAGCAGCAAAGGCACAUGAAAUGACACUUGCAAACUUGAUCUUUAUGUAACAUUGAAGAAAAAUUCCUUGUUCUUUCAUCUUGGACAUGUUACUUUCUAUGCAUCUUUCAGGAUCAUGGUAAAGAGCAAUCUAGAGUAUAAAGGUUUGGGGACAGACUGAGGAACACGUGAAUAUUAUUUUCAAAGUUGUUUUCAUUCCUUAUUGCUCUCCGUACUGUCUGUUUUGUUUUGUGUUGUUUUCCAUAAGGGAACAGACAGCAGGACUGAGAUACCAUUGCACUACAUUGGAUUAGUGUUGUCAUAGCCACCUUAAAAAGAAUGGGGUUCAGCUCCAGAGAACUGGAGCGCAGUAGUCACUCGGCUGGAAAUCUCCUACCUAGUCUUCUCUCAUCUGUUCAAUGAGCUGCUGGAUUUUCUCUGCUCCCACUUCAGUUCUGCUCCACCACAGACUCUCUAUUAAGGAGGUUUCAAAAGGGAAAAUAGUGCUUUCAGGUGCUUCUCUCCAAAAUGCUUGAUCUCAGACAUGGUGAGCCUUCUGCUAUACAUACUCACAGAGAGAUCCAUUUUCUGUGAAAAAAAAA